ACGUGCCCGCGGCGUCUCGUCAUACCCGGAAGCAGCGGCAGAGGGGAGCCGGCGGCAAGGCAAUGAGCGGGGAGACAGGGCCGACAUCCGUAGCGCCCCCUCCCGGGGAGAUCGAACCGGGCAGUGGGGUCCGCAUCGUGGUUGAGUACUGGUGUCUUCUCCCUAGUGAACCCUGCGGCUUCGAAGCGACCUACCUGGAGCUGGCGAGUGCCGUGAAGGAGCAGUAUCCGGGCAUCGAGAUCGAGUCGCGCCUGGGGGGCACAGGGGCCUUUGAGAUCGAAAUCAAUGGACAGCUGGUGUUCUCCAAGCUGGAGAAUGGGGGCUUUCCUUACGAGAAAGAUCUCAUUGAGGCCAUCCGAAGAGCCAGUAACGGAGAACCCCUAGAAAAGAUUACCAAUAGCCGCCCUCCCUGCGUCAUCCUGUGACUACAUGUGUUUCUAGGUUCCUGCUCUUUUGGGAUCCAAGCCUUGGUUGCCCCUUUGGUCCUGCUGAGGGCUCCCCACUGCCUCUUUCACCUCACUUAGCUCCUGGUAACUAAGAGACCCUGGCCCCCACUUCGCACCUUUGGGUACCGGGAGGAAUAGAUGCAUCUGUGGUCUUGGGGGUGGAAGAAGACCCUCUCCAUGGACACUUCCAGUCACUUUAUGCCCCUUUCCCAGGAUCAGUGCCCACAAAAGCCUGCAUCCCCCUCCAGCUUAGCCGUACCUGUCAGAUGCUACCAUAGUUGUAAUUUAUUUUCACUAGCCCCAGGCAAUGUCAGCUAUCAGCAAUAAAGUGGCACUGCAAACA